UUUUUUAAUCUACAUACUAUCCAUCUCUCUACCUUAUCUCUCCAUUUUCUCUUAUCAAUAUUAAAAGACUAAAACACACACACACACACACAAAAUAAACAAAUACCCCAUGGUACUCUGCUUCUGCUUGAACCCCUGACUUUGUCUGUAGUCCAGUCCACUUUCUCUUCACUUUCUAAGUUCCACUACUGACUCCACCAAAACCCCUCAACACACCCUUCUUCUCAUGUUGAAUGAUCAAACACCUUCCACAAGCCAUGGCACAGAGCAACACCACAUUGACAGUGCAGAAAACGAACCACAAAUCAGAGAAAUCUACGCCUUAACUCCCCCCCCAAGAAGAGAACCAAACUUUGAAACACACACACACAGCCACAGCCACCUCUCAUCUUCUGUGUCCAUAGAAGGUGGUUCCAGCGAGAAUUUCAGCAUGAGUAGAGAAUUCAGUGCUCUUGUUCUAGCAGGCUCAAGCAUCGACCACAACAUCACCACCCCAAGUCAAAUGAGCUUGGACAUGAUGAUGCAUAGCGAUGAAGGAGGUGUUAAUAGCAACAACACUAACAAUAACAAUAACUACAACAACUUGGGGAGGAUUGAAGAGGAUGAGGUGUUGAUGAUGGAGGAGACUAACCCUUUGGCAAUUGUGGCGGAUAACAACCCUUUGGAGGCGGUUUCGUCAUCGCCGCCGCCUCCAAGUCGUGGUGGAGGGACUUUUUCUUCUUCUUCUGCUACUUCAGGUGGUGGUGCUGUGAAUGAGAUGACAGUGCAGAGAGUGAGGAAGGAGGAAGUUGAGGCAAAGAUAUCGGCGUGGCAGAACGCUAAGGUUGCUAAGAUCAACAACAGGUUCAAGAGGGAAGAUGCUGUUAUCAAUGGCUGGGAGAAUGAGCAGGUUCAGAAAGCAUCUUCAUGGAUGAAGAAAGUUGAGAGGAAGCUGGAGGAGAAAAGAGCAAGAGCACUGGAGAAAAUGCAAAAUGAUGUAGCAAAAGCACAUAGAAAAGCUGAGGAGAGAAAGGCAUCGGCAGAGGCUAAAAGGGGAACUAAAGUAGCCAGGGUUCUGGAGAUUGCCAACCUCAUGAGAGCAGUUGGAAGAGCACCUACCAAAAGAUCUUUCUUUUAAAUUAUAUAAAAUGAAUGUUAUGUUUUGAAACCACAUUUGUAGAGAAAAGUAACCAAAAAGAGAAACAUAGAGUGAAAAAGUUUGAGCAUAAUAGAUGACAUAGUGUGAUAAGAGUCCCUUUUCCUUUUGAAUUUAAUUUAAAGGAUUAAAGAGGGCUAGCAGUGUAUAAAGAAAAAGAAGAUAUGAGGUGUAUAUGUUAUUAUAUUAUAUAUUAUAUAGAAACCAAUUGGAGUGUUUUUGAGUGAUUGAUUAGUGCAUUAGAAUUAAUUUAUAGA